AUAUAUAUAUAUAUAUUGUUGUCGUUGUUUUUGUUCCAUAUGUUUUGGAUCAUUGUAAUCAACGAAAUGGUAUGAAAAACGAAAUUUUAUGGAAUUAAUGGAAUGGAACAACAGCAGCCAAAUAAUCAACAACAAAAUGAUUCAAUGAAAUUGAAACGUGAUAAAUUAUAUAAACAACAACAACAACAACGUUUACAACAAAAUGAUAUAACUCGAAAUAAAGAUCUUUCAGCUGAUCAAUUGAUCAAGAAUAUUCUUGAAAAAGUUGAUACCGAUGCUAAGAUAACGAAAUUUUAUAAUACUCAUCAUUAUCAACAACAACAACAGCAGCAGCAACAACAACAAUUACUUAAUGUAAAUACUCAACAAUUUCAUCAAAAUCAAUGUAAUCAAUCAUGGACCAACAAUAUACAUUCGAAACCAAUCGAAACUUCAUCGGCCACAAAUUCAUCAACGAAUUUCUAUUCACCACUUGUGAUUCCACAAUGUUUUUAUCUACAUUCAGAAAUUCCAGAAAUCUAUCUUAAAAUAUGGCAAUCAGUGCAAUAUAAUUUUGUCGGUAAUGGUGAAUCAGAAUUCUGUGAUCGUGAUCGAUUAUAUCAGAUUUUAAUCACAUCUAAUCUAUCCAAUGAUGUGUUGGCAAAAUUAUGGUCAUUUGUCAAUCGAACUAAACCGGGUGAAUUGACAAGAAAUGAAUUAUUCGUCAUGUUGGCUUUGAUUAGUUUAGUUCAACAAAAUGUCGCCAAUCCAUUACAGGAAUUAUAUUCAAUACAAACGAUACCGGUGCCAUAUUUUUCAGGAUUCUCAUUUGCAAAGUCAUUAUUUUGUCAAGAAUCUACCGCAACAACAGAGCCAAUAAAACAAAUUGAAAAUUUAUCUGAAUCUUCGUUUGGUGAGAAUGAAUUUUGUGAAUUCAAAUCAGCUUCAACAAACGUCGAUGAUAACACACCGUUAGCCGAUCUUUUUGUUACACCACAAAAUUCCACUUUGAACCCAAUUGAUAAUAAUAAUAUUAUGACUGAAGACCUAUUUGAAGUAUCAACAAUCACUAGUCAAUUAGAGCAAACUCAAACAAAAAAUAAUAAUAACGAUGAUGAUGACGAUUUUGGUGAUUUCAUUCAAACCGAAAUUGUUGAAACCUUUAAUAAUGAAGAAGAAGUAAAUCACACCAACAAUGAUUUCGGUGAUCAAGAAGAUCUUUUUGCCUGUACCGUCGUUCAAUCCGAUACUGGGGAACAAGAAGAUAAAUAUAGUUUUUUUCGAAAAUUUCAAAAUGAAAUAUCCGUACAGGAAGAAUUUGGUGACUUUCAUUCACAACCUAUCGAACAGGAAUUUUCAACUAAUCAUCAUCAGGAAUAUGUUCAUACACAAUCGAUGUCAUCAACAGCAUGGUUUGAACAUGAGAAAAAGAAUCUUAUGAAUAAAUAUCAAAUAAGAGAAAGAAUUCUAACGGCCAUCAAACAAGUGAUGCAUAAAACAUUCAAUGUUUUGGCUGUAAAUCAUGAUGAAACAUCCGUGAUCGAAGCAUUAACAUCAAAUAAGGGCCAUACAUUUGUUGAUGAUUUAUAUCAGGUAUAUAAGAUUGCUGAACGAAUAAAAUUCACCGUAAAACAUGAUGAUGACGAUUCUGAUGAUAAGUGUCGUACAUUAGUGGAUGAAAUCGACCGAAAUUGGAAUUCUAUACAUAAUUUAAUGAAAAAAGCAUCGAUUACAUUGAAUGAUCGCAUUUCACAAAAAGAAUUUCACUAUGAAAAUGGUGAUGAUGAUAAAAAAUGUUGGAUUUGUUCCACACGAGUAAUUUUGGGUAACAACAACAACAACAACGACGACGACGACGACAAUAAACAAGUUGAAUCGAUAACAAAUGAUUCGUUAGGAAUGACGAUCGAUGCCAAUAAUGGUGGUAAUGACAUCCAAUAUCAUUUGACUUGUGUCAAUUUUUGGCUCAAUUUUGUUGACACAACAACUUUACCACAUCAUGGUGAACGUGGCCAUGAUAGUAUUGAUGAUAACGAUGACCAUUAUGGACACUUUCAUUCUAUAACCACAGCAAAUUGAUCGAUUCAAGAUUCAAGCGAAAACGAAAAUAAAAAU